GCCACUCGGCAUUCGGUGGCUUCGUUCAGUUCCAAAGUCGGCACGCCGUACUAUGUGGCACCGGAGGUGCUGCCUAGAUUCCCCAGGUACAGCGAAAAAGUCGACUGCUGGAGUGCUGGUGUCGUCCUGUACAUCCUGCUCUCCGGGAUCUUCCCCUUUAAGGAAGAGGGCACGACAGCCACCUUGCAGAAGGUCAGAACGGCCAAGUGCACAUUUCCACCAGAAGCCUUUCAGGGCGUCUCCAGAGCAGCGAAGGUUCCCAAGAAGUGGAUGGGCACAGAUCCUCCACUCGUGGCCGUGUUGCGUGCCGAGCACCGUUUCAAGAAGGCAGCGCUCCACGUCCUCGCGCGGCAGCAGGACGACGGCACUCUCAGCGCGCCGGGGGGCCCUGUUUCAAGGUUGCGGCAGGUCUUCACCGAGCUGGACCAGGACGGUGAUGGCAUCAUCACGUUUAACGAGCUCAAGGAAGGCUUGUCCGAGUCUCAAGAGCUCCAGCAUCUGGCUCGGGCCGUGGAUGCAGAUGGCUCGGGCGAGAUCGUGGCCCUGGUGCAGGAGAGCGCUCUCUGGGCGGCCUUCCGGGUCUUCGACAAAAAUGAUGACGGCCGGAUCUCCCUAAAAGAGAUCCAAGAAGUGCUCGGCACCAAAGAGGUCAAUCGCACCGUGUCGAAGGAGCAGAUCAAGAAGAUAUUGGCGGAGGUCGACACGAACGGAGACGGUCUGGGCCUGUCCCUCAUCUGCGAACUCGAUUGGUACAGCGAUGUACAGCGUAAGCCCUUGGUUGUCUCGGCUGACUUUCAGGGCAUAGGAUGGGUGCGGCUCAUUCUCCGACGCAUCCUUGGCAUAUCAGGCGGUUCAACUGAGGGCUUGGCGCUUUGGGCGUGCCUGGUGGCCACUCUGGCCUUUCAAACGCUCGGCGGGACGUCUGUGGAGCCUGGAGAGGUGGUCGUAUCACUGACAAGGCAACGGAGGCCCUUGCCCGACAGCUGGGGGCGACGGCAAAGCACGGUCGAGUACUUUGCAGAGGUGGAAGUCGGCUCGCCAAGCCAGAGCUUUCGCAUGAUCUUUGACACUGGGAGUGCCAAUGUUGUGAUCCCUUCGAGUCAUUGUUUAGCACCAAGCUGCCUGCAAAGCAGGCGCUACGAUGCCAGCCGAUCGAGCACAGCAGAGCGCGAGCUGUGCUCGAAAGACAUCGAGGCCAGCAACUACACACGCGAGGCCGUGACGCUGGCGUUCGGCACGGGACAAGUCACCGGCCACUAUGCGAAGGACCAGGUGUGCCUGGGAGAAGGCCUCUGCGCAGCCCUGAGCUUUGUGGAGGCCACGAACCAAAGUGAGCACCCCUUUCUCAAUGCGCCCUAUGAUGGAGUGCUUGGCUUGGCCCUUCCUCAGCUUUCCCAGGAUCACGGCUUCUGCCUCUUUGACGAGUUGGUAAAGAGUCGGAAGCUUGCCCGGCCGCUCUUUGCCGUCUACUUCUCCCUUGAGGAGGGCGAGAUCAGCUUCGGGAAGGUGGAUGUUAAGCGGAUGGAGUCCGAGCUGAAGUGGGCCCCCGUCUGGAAGCCUGGAUUCUGGCAGGUGUCCCUCACGGAUCUGACCCUGAAUGGCUCGAAGACCGAGCUCUGUGGGGCCCCGGGCUCCUACACCGCCUGCGCCGCCGCCCUCGACACCGGGACUUCCGCGUUGACAGCGCCCACCCGCCUCGCGCGGCAGCUGGCGGAGCUUCUCAAGGUUGCACCGGAUUGCAGCAAUUUCGAUGCACUCCCUACCCUUGGCUUCCUCUUGGAGGAGGCGGACUUGGAGCUGCAGCUGACACCGCAGGACUACGUGGAGCGGGAGGAGGGUACCUGCGAGCUGCAGCUAAUGGCGGUAGACGUCCCGCGUCCUGACGGUCCGCUUUUCCUGCUUGGUGAUCCUUUCCUGAGGCGGUACUACACCGUCUACGAUCGCCAGCGCCUGCGCAUGGGCUUCGCAUUGGCACGCCAAAGCAUCAAUGAAAAGAGCGACUGGAAUGAGAUAAACAAGCACUGGUCGACUUUCGAAUAG